UACGAAAGGAAAAUCAUUUAAAGGUAAAGUGGGAGUUAACUCCGAGUUAACUCUAAUUAAACUAUUUUUUCUUUUGAUUAAUUUUAAGUUUUUUCUGUAGAAAGGAGUAGACUCUGAGUUUACCCCGGAGUAUACUCUGCUUAACUCUUUUCUGUAACUAUUCCAUUUAACAAUCAGUAGUAAUAAUUAAACUGGAGUUAACUUCGAGUUAACUGUGAGUGAAUAGUAAGGCGUAGAGGGUAAGAGUAUGAAUAAAUUUAGGAGUUCGGGUACGGGGUUAGGUUUCGGUUAGGUUGAGGGUAAGGGUAAGGGUAAGAGUAGAGGAAGUGUAAGAGUAAGGGUUAUGAUUAUUUUUGUAAUUAUUCCAUUCACAUAAGUGUAGGGAAGAGUAACCGAUAAGUUAAUCUGUGGUAACUCUCAUUGUGUAGUCCUUAAAUUGCAUGUAUUUUUAAAGUGAAUUUUCAUUGAUAACUGAGAGGCAAGAGUGUUUACAAAUCUUGGAGUGAGUAAAGUGCGAAAUGAAGAAACAGUCUCUUAGAACAUUGCCUAAAGCGUUUGUUAUUUAUUGAUUGGUUACUAUUGUCACGUGGACGUUGUUCUUACUUUUUUAAUUCUUCAUUGCAGUGGCUAGUGAUUGCCUGGAGUUGUGUGUUAGUGAUUGCCUGGAGAGAAGAUUUGCGUUCACAUUUGACAUUUUUGAUAAAGGGAUCAAGGAUACAUUUGAGGACUAUGUCUUUCGGGGGCAACGAAAUGGAUAUUGAGGAAGAGGGGGAGGAGGAUUUGUUUCUCAUUGAUACUGCUCUUGAAAACUCCCUAAGCUUUGCUGAAUGCUGGAGGAAUAACAUCAGUGUAGAAGGAUUGUUAAAACGUGACGAUCACAUAUCUGUUCGAGCCACCUCCAUCAGAUCAGGAGUUGAUCUGGAAGAACUGCAUCAUAAAUCCGAUAUAGAUGGGUUGACGAUAGAGUGGCUAAAUCUUGCAUCCGGUCUAAAAUCCGAUUUUCGGCAUAUUGAAAUAGUGCCACUAGGUGCACGGAGUGUGCGUCGAUUUUACCCUGUAAUCAAGAAACAUAUAAAUCUUUCCCCUUUUAACAAGAACAGUUUUAGUGUGCUGAAAGACACCGUGGGAACUCAGAUAAUUUAUGAUGGAUUGUUCGAGACUUGGCUUGGAUUUAUUCCAGAUCCUCGUGAAUGGAGAACAAUAUACGAUUUUGGCACACAGUGCCAUUUAGCCCAUCAGUUCUUGGAGAGACUUAGAGUUCGCUUCCAGGAUGGGUUAAAAGAGCUGUUUAAGAAAGGUAUUGCUCUGGAGACAUUAGCGAAGAAUAACAUUAAUGAUGCUCGCAGAAUGUUCGUAUUGCCAGGCCAUCAAAGUCACAUAUUGGCCAAUUUUCAGUUAGCGCUGGAAGAGACCGAUUUAAUAGAACUUCCUUACUUUAAGAAGGUUUUGUUUACAUUUCGCUUUGGGGAUAAAUGUGUGACACCGAUGCAGUUACCGGUGAAGGAUGUAAAUGCUGUGGGCGACAUAUGCGUGCAUGUUGGACACAGGAUAUCGUCUGAUUAUGUUGACUUAAUGUGGUCUCAGCAAGGUGUUAAAGAGGUGUCUGGUUCUAACUGUAUUAUAUCGUCGGCGUACUCAUUGAUCGAAUGUGCAAACCUACAGUCAGCACUUAGCACAUCCAGGUUGGAUAUUAGUGGUGAAUUAAAGGCUGUUUGUAAAUUUCCGCAGAGCAUUCGAUUUGUUCAGUUGUACAACGACUUGCCACAUCGUUACCCCAAGACAAGAGUUCAUCCUGUUUCUGCGUCCGUUAUCAUGCUGGAGGGUGUGUUGACUGAUGUAGCUCAGAAAAACCUGUACAGUGAUGCGUCAGCAUAUCUUUCUGAAAUAGGAAACAACUUUUUUCAAAUUGACAGAGGAAUAUGCAGAUUAGAGUUUGUAGUGAGCAUUGGUAAACGGGAGAAGGCAAUAAGUGGAGCUGAGUUUGUACGACUCGACCGUCUUACGGAACUGCUGGAAAAGCAUCCAAUGAUUGUGCCGUUUUUAAGACAUGCCUGUACGUUGAAACUGUUCAGAGUGGUAGGCCUGUACCUUCAUCACAGGUUGGCUACUGCGUUUCGUACAGGAAGAGGAACUGGUAACACACGGUUGACCUGGGAAGUGUACCAGAAUGAACUUGCCGUGGAGAAACUAUUGUGGGGGCGUCCACUCUGUAGCCUUUCAAAUCAGUAUUCAAAGAAUCUCGGGCCAGGUGUACAAUACCCUACACGGAGCCUGACGGAUCAGAGAGGUUUCCUUUGUUUGGAAGACAGCGGCUCUUGCUGUGUGGAUGAUGUAACGUUGCCUCCCUUGAACUUGUUCUCUAAGAAUGAAACUAUCAAACGACAGAUCCAGAACAUAAGUGGCUUUUACAACUUGAUAGGCGGUAGUAAAUUGGCUUUAGGUCGCCGGUUGAUGGAGAUCUUACUUAGAGAUUGCCAUGCAAAUG